CACUGGUAGUAUGUGUUAGAACAUAGCCUAGACGAUUCCACGAAAGCAUUGUAGACCCCGCUUUAUUCGAGUCCAUUUAAGUUUAUCCAAAAAUGCCGAGUCAAGAGGUCGUGACAACGAAGGUUGUGGUGCACCCGCUGGUGCUGUUAAGCGUAGUGGAUCACUUUAAUCGUAUGGGAAAAAUCGGAAAUCAAAAAAGAGUGGUUGGUGUACUUUUAGGCUGCUGGAGAGCUAAGGGUAUCUUGGAUGUGUCAAACAGCUUUGCAGUACCUUUUGAUGAGGAUGACAAGGACAAAAGUGUAUGGUUCUUGGACCAUGAUUACCUCGAAAACAUGUAUGGGAUGUUCAAGAAAGUUAAUGCUCGUGAAAAGGUAGUAGGUUGGUAUCAUACAGGGCCCAAAUUACAUCAAAAUGAUGUUGCCAUUAAUGAACUGAUAAGAAGAUACUGCCCCAAUUCAGUUUUGGUAAUCAUUGAUGCCAAACCAAAAGAUCUUGGUCUUCCUACAGAGGCAUAUCAGGCAGUUGAAGAAGUACACGAUGAUGGUUCUCCAACUUCUAAAACUUUUGAGCAUAUUCCUAGUGAAAUUGGCGCAGAGGAAGCUGAAGAGGUUGGAGUAGAACAUUUACUGAGAGAUAUUAAAGAUACCACAGUUGGUACACUAAGUCAAAGAAUUACAAACCAACUACUUGGUUUGAAAGGUCUUCAUGAGCAAAUCCGGGAAAUUAGAGAUUAUCUGCUUCAGGUUGGCAGUGGAAAAUUACCAAUAAAUCAUCAAAUUGUCUAUCAGCUUCAGGAUAUAUUUAAUCUGUUGCCAGAUAUGACCCAAAGCAGCUUUGUCGAUUCGCUAUAUAUUAAAACGAAUGAUCAAAUGUUGGUUGUAUAUUUAGCGGCUCUUGUUAGGUCCAUAGUAGCAUUACACAAUUUAAUUAACAAUAAGUUGACCAAUCGUGAUGCUGAGAAAAAGGAAACGGAUAAGAAAGAAACAAAGAAGGAAGAGAAGAAGGAAGAAGAAAAAAAAGAAGAGAAGACGAAAACCAAGAGUCAGUGAUCGAAGUAAUUUUGAACUCGCUCAAUCUACGCGAUCGAGACUGUUAAAGUUGGAAAUGUAUUAUUGAAUCCGUGUGUAAUAGUCAAACGUGUCUAUGGUUUGUACAGAAAGUCGCACUCGCAUUUACAACGAUACUUGAAGUAAGUACCACGAGCACUACAAACUGGCUCUCGAAAUUGUUUCUGAGAAUUCAUGAGAAUACCUCUGAUUAGACAUAAAAAAGGAAAAAGGAAAACGAUAAAUUCGGCACUUCAGUCCUUCGAGUGUGAUAAAUGGUAAUAUAUGUAUCACGUGAGAGAUUUAGGAUUAAGACAUUUUUACAGAUCAUCAUUGUAACUAUUACAAUAUUUUCGGCGUUUUUAUUGUAACAAUCCGUUAAUAUAUCUAUAUAAACAACAAUAGUAAUCUAUAUAAGAAAAUGUGACACAAUUUUAUUGAUUUUGAUAUUAUUGAACGACUCGAUAUAUUGUCGCGAUUGUCAGUCAAUCUCUGCGACGCGCUUUCCUCGAUCAUUUCGAACAAUAUUGCAUUUGAGAUUCUCGUAUAACAACGCGCAUGAUAUAAGGAACAUGAUAGUGAUGAUAUAAGGAGCAUGAUAGUGGAAGGUAUAUUUUUUUUUCGGAAACUCAAAUCUGCCUAUGAAGAAGAACGCAUCACUAAUAAAAUGACCGUUUACUUA